AUGCAUUUCGUCCUACUCGCAACCUUAUACUCGUGCUUUAUCUUCGCUUCUCCUCUGGUCACUGUUCUCGCGCAAUCCCCACCGCCUGGGAGCCCCGUGCUUACGCCAGAAAUCGACGCGUUCAUCAACGGCUUAUUAUCCGAUUGGAAUUCCCCUGGUGGUCUCUCGGUCGCUGUAGUCAGGAAGGCUGACAACGGCACUUGGAACGUCGAAACCAAAGGGUAUGGGUUGGCGAAAGCUGACGGGACCAAUGUCUCGGAGCGCACGCUUUUCUCCAUCGGCUCGAAUUCCAAGCUGUUCACUGCUUUAGCUACAGGACUACUAAUCGCUAACCAAUCCCUCGAGCCACCCAUCUCAUGGGAUACCAAGAUUAAGAACAUCAUUCCAGGAUGGGGUCUUACGGAUCCAGUUGCUAGCGAAGAAGCGACCAUCAUCGAUUUAAUGAGUCAUCGUACUGGCAUGCCUCGUCACGACUUCGUAGCUUCACUAGCGGCCAACAUGACAGACGUUAUCCAGAAGUUCCACUUCCUCAAGCCUUCGGCAGAGUUUCGACAGACGUUCCAAUACACAAACAUCAUGUAUACCCUCCUCUCAUACAUCCCGACCUCUAUCCUCCCCUCCAAACCUUCGUUUACUCGUUACGUCGGAGCGAACAUAUUCGAGCCCCUUGGAAUGAGCUCCACGACAUAUUCAUUUAAUGUGGCGCACGCAACGGGGAAUCUCGCGGACGGUUUCAAAAAACAGCAACUCAACUCAUCGGCUUCCCCCUUCGAUGCUGGAAUUCCUAGAGCCCUACCUUUCUGGGCGCAAGUAGGCGGAGAGGAUGGGAACUCGGGAUCUGGACCUGGAGGCAUUAUUAGCAACGCUGUCGAUAUGGCGUUGUGGCUUCAAGUCCUUCUCUCAGACGGCCAGCACCCCGUCACUAGAGAAUCGGUCAUACCCGCCGAGGUGAUACAAACAGUAUCGUCAGGUGUAACUAUAUUCACUCCUUCAGCCCAACAACCGUUUUUAUCUCCUGUCGUUUAUGGAGGUGGUCAAUUUCAAAGCACGUACAGAGGACACGUUGUCGUAGAGCACGAUGGCAAUGUCCCAGGCUUUAAUUCGUUCCUUUCUCGUUUCCCCUUCGACGGAGUCGGCAUUGCCGUGCUGACCAACGACGACCAACUUGGCUCUUCCAUCAGUCUCGCCAUUAAAUACCGUCUAGCAGAUCAGGCGCUAGGGUUGUCCCCUCUUGACUCCAAGACCAUUGUUGGCGAUUCCCUCAUCACGGCAUUCCAGUCUUCACCCCCUCCCGCACAACGUCCUGAAAACGCCACGCUCCCGCCCAAUGGCGUAGAGAAUAUAGUGGGUGUGUAUGACGAUCCGGCGUAUGGUCGCAUCGAGCUUUGCUUAGCCUCUGCCCCUACCACAACGAUUGUGAACUCCCCCGCCUGCGAAGUGUUGUUGUCUAAUAUCACCACCGUCCUCCCUGGUACGGUAGACCUGAACAGCACCAUUCCAACCUUGCUGGCGAAAUGGGAUCGACCAUUCGGCGCGUAUGUUCGUCUGACGCAUCUUGAUCAAAGCGUCUUCGGGUUGUCCAUCUUCAACAGUUAUCCCACGGGGAAUAUUACGGCUCCGUUUUGGACAUCUCCCGUCGUUGUCUCUGGCCCGAUAGCUGAGUUCGUGCUGGACAAUGGCACACUUGGGUUUGGGAUGGUUGGCGUUUGGGGGUCUGGGGAUGGUGUGCCUGAGCCAGUGGGCAGCACCGUCAGAGAGCGGACGGAAGUCUGGUUCACGAAAAUGUAG